AUGGCUGUCUUAUUGUUUGAACGGAGUAACCAUGCUCUCGACGUCAACCCGCCAGCAGGGCACCAGCACUUGUCGGUACACGGCUCUGACUGGCUUUGGGCUGUGACGGCCGUCUUCUUGUUGGCUACUCUGGUCUACUUUGCACUGAGCUUCUUUGCCCGCUCCGGCGAGAGGAUCUUCCACUAUCUCUUCACCAUUGGCCUCCUCGUCGGCACCAUCGCCUACUAUGCUAUGGCUGCCGACCUCGCCUUCAGAGUAAUCAGUCAGUCCAACCAGACCCAUAAGGGAGACCGCCAGAUCUUCUGGCCCAAGUAUGUCUACUGGGUCGUCUCCUUCCCCGUGCUCAUCCUCGCCCUCGGCCUCCCCAGCGGCAUCUCGUGGACGACCAUCUUCUACCAGAUCACCCUCUCCUGGGUCUGGGUCAUCAGCUACCUCGUCGCGGCCUUCACGCGCACCAACUACAAGUGGGGCUUCUUCGCCUUCGGCACCUUCGCCUGGAUCCUCCUCGCCCUCAGCACCCUCCGCGACGGCUUCUCGGGCGCCCGGCGCGUCGGCAUCGGCCGCGACAUCAGCCUUCUGUCGGGCUGGGUCAACUUUCUCUGGCUGCUGUACCCGAUCGCCUGGGGCGUGAGCGACGGCGGCAACCGCAUCGGCGUCACGAGGAGCUUCAUCUUCUUCGGCAUCCUCGACAUCCUGCUCCUGCCCGUCAUCGCCUUCGCCGUCCUCCCAAUGUCCCGUCGCUGGGACUACGGCCGCCUUAACCUCGCCUUCACCCAGUACGGCCGCGUCAACGCCCCGCAGGGCACCUUCCCCGAGAAGAGCCACCCCACCUCGUCCGCUGCGGGCGCGGGCACGGGCGUGGGCACGGGCGCGGGCAUGGGUGCGGGCGCGCCUGGUACGGGCGUCACCACCGCGGCUCCCGCUACCACUACCGGCGGUGUCGCCGGUGAGCCUGUCCCUUAA